GCGUCGUUGCUGCGUGCAAUGUGUAUCGUGUAGGCGUUGGCGAGGAGGAGACAAGUCGGGGAUGUGUCCGUAAAAAACUUGCGGUUUCUGCGUACUCUGCCGCACGUGCACGCUCGAAAUCGUGUUCCGUGAACGAUCGAGUCCCGACAAAAUUAUACUGCAUGCCUGCAUCGUUCGAAAGCGUAUUGCGAACAGGUCUAACAAUUACAGGCAAGGAAAAAAAAGUGUAGCCAGUGCUCCGUAUAUUCUUUCGUUUCUUCGAAAGGCCGCGUACCGUGCGUAUAUAUUUCGGUCUUUUGUCGCGGACGUUUAAGACGCGAGCAAAUAACUCGAAUCAGAGAAAUCGUCUAUUUGAUUCUACGGAGACGAACGACGUGCUGCAGAAACGACGCCCGUACCAGGAUGCUAGGAUAUCUCCAAAGGGCCAUUGAGUUGAUUGGUGUUACUCGUGUGAAUUGAUUUCAACUCGAUUCGUAGUAAACGAGAGCAAAGCCUUGCAACGGAAAGAAGGAAAGAAAGGAAGAAAGAAAGCGCGAAAGAUUUGUGUCUACAGAAAGAUAAAGAUAGAGAGACGACAGGGAGGAACCCGAGGAGAGAAAGAAUCCGACGGAGAGUGUGUGUACAGGAGAUGUUCGGAAUCUUGAGACAAGAUCCUGGUGCGGGAGGAUUUCACUAUCAGCGACUACGAUCGAACGUAUUAUCACACGGUGGAUUCUUCGGCGUAUGAGACAGCAUUCACCGAGAGGAAUCAUAAAUAUAUCGGCUGAAUCGUGUUCGUGAAAAAACAGUGUUGUGGAAGAAAACGUGCGGUGGACAGAGAGGGUGGAUGACACACGCGGGACGCGUAUCGGCCGGCCGAGGGAACGAAUUUGCGGAUUCGUCGCCGGUAUAUUACGUCGUGCGACGAAGCUUCUUGGAAUGUGACGAGGGACUUCCGGCGUGGGAAAUAUCGUAGAAAAGGAGACGUCAUCAUUGACUGCUGAGCCGCAAGAGACGAAAAAUCAGCUGGUAUGUCAAAUAAUCAGCUGGUUGACUCCUGUCUGCUGGUGAAUCGUCGAAUCGUCGAGAGACAGGAGCACAGUAUAACGCACACUGAGAUCACACAGAGACGCGUUCUCCAGGAGAAGGGCCCCGACAUGCCGCAAUACACCGGACAGAGUGAUGCAGAUUACCACGGAAGUAACGGCCAGGCGGACACCCAUUCGUUGCAUUCAUCUCAUUUGUCUGUCCAAGAGGAUCCAUUACUUAUCCGCAGCCAUAAGCAGCAAACUACUCAACAAGUGACAAACGUGUCGAAAGUUGUUCGCGAGGUAUCACACAUGGAGCCAGAUCCAGGCGCAGUGAGUUACAUGUCAGUUCCAUUGAUGUCUCAGGAUUAUCAGCACGCGGACCGGCGAUACCCGGCGGACUCGUACAUGGUCGGUUUUGAACAUUACGAGCCGUACCUCGGUUAUCCACCACAGCCAGGGUAUCCGGGUCCGCAUGGUAUCUACAUGCCACGCUCACAUUCUCCUCACAGUCCUCAUAGUCCUUCUGAGCACAGUCGUGCCUCGCCUCCGCAUGAAUACCUACGUAAGGCGGCGCCAUAUGUGGAAGGCGGUUACAACGACAUCGAUCCAGGUUUGAACCCCGCGUUGCAAGAUCAUUAUCGUAUUACUCCUAGUCCUGGUGGUCCCGGAGAUCAAUAUGAUCAAAUCAGCAACUCUUGGAAUAUGGAUGACUCUGGCGAACCCUCUCAGCAUCCUCAUGACGAGAAUAAAGUGGCUUACGGUUACGUGUCUCCGUCCCCUUAUGGACCUGUUGGAUACGGCCCUGGCGUCGGGGUAGGUCCAGUCGCAGUUCCUAGCGAUGUGCCCGGUUACGACGAAGGCCAUCCGGUCCCACUCACCUCUGGAGUUCCUCCGGGAAUGUUUGACGACGAGGUUCAUCUUCAACGGCUACAAUCUCGACAUCCGGUGGUGCCCGGCAUGGCUAGUCCAUUGGACGACGAUCAGAAGUCCAUGAGAUGGCGAGAUCCGAACUUGUCGGAGGUGAUCGGCUUCCUGAGUAAUCCGAACAACAUCAUCAAGGCGAACGCUGCCGCGUAUCUGCAGCAUCUAUGCUACAUGGACGAUCCAAAUAAGCAGAAGACGCGAAGUCUAGGUGGAAUACCACCGUUAGUGCAAUUAUUGGAUCACGAUAAUCCAGACGUGUACAGGAAUGCAUGUGGUGCGCUGCGGAAUUUGUCUUACGGCAGACAGAAUGACGAAAAUAAGAGGGCUAUCAAGAACGCCGGCGGUGUUCCGGCCUUGAUCAAUUUAUUACGUAGGACGUCUGACGCGGACGUGAAGGAACUGGUGACGGGGGUUCUUUGGAAUUUAUCCUCGUGCGAGGACCUUAAGAAAUCCAUCAUCGAUGAUGGCGUAACGAUGGUGGUGAACAACAUAAUUAUUCCGCACAGUGGCUGGGAUCCAAGCUCUUCCAGUGGCGAGACAUGCUGGUCGACCGUGUUCAGAAACGCAUCUGGCGUCUUAAGAAACGUCUCUAGCGCUGGCGAGUAUGCAAGGAAGAAACUGCGCGAGUGCGAAGGUUUGGUCGACGCUCUUCUUUACGUAGUACGAUCCGCCAUCGAGAAGUCGAACAUCGGGAACAAGAUCGUAGAGAACUGUGUGUGUAUUCUGCGGAACCUGAGUUAUCGGUGUCAGGAGGUGGAGGACCCAAACUACGACAAACAUCCGAUUCAGUCAACCGUUCAGAACAGGGUAGCUGCUCCAGUCAAAGCAUACAGUUUAUGUCAAGGUGAAAAUUUGGGUUGCUUUGGCGGCAGCAAGAAGAAGAAGGAUGGUCAACCAGUGCAAAAGGAAACGACCGCAUCUCGCACUACCAGCCCUAGAACGGAACCCGUCAGAGGAAUGGAGCUACUCUGGCAACCAGAAGUAGUACAGUCUUAUUUGAAAUUGCUGCAGACAUGCUCAAAUCCGGAGACUCUCGAGGCGGCGGCUGGGGCGCUUCAGAACCUCGCAGCCUGCUACUGGCAGCCAAGUAUUGAAAUUCGCGCGGCUGUGAGGAAGGAGAAGGGACUUCCCAUUUUGGUGGAGUUGUUGCGGAUGGAGGUGGACCGCGUAGUCUGUGCUGUGGCCACAGCUCUAAGAAAUCUAGCGAUAGACCAGCGUAACAAGGAGCUGAUCGGAAAAUACGCGAUGCGUGAUCUCAUUCAGAAGUUACCUUCAGGAAAUAACCAGCAUGAUCAAGGAACAAGUGACGACACAAUCGCCGCCGUUCUCGCCACAUUGAACGAAGUGAUCAAGAAAAACGCCGAGUUCUCGCGAUCUCUGUUGGAUGCUGGCGGUGUCGACCGAUUGAUGAACAUUACUAGGCAACGCCAGAAAUACACGCCUCGUGUUCUUAAAUUUGCAGGACAAGUUUUGUUCACAAUGUGGCAGCACCAAGAGCUGAGAGACGUUUACAAGAAGCACGGCUGGAAAGAGCAAGAUUUCGUCACGAAAACGGUGGCAGCGCGAAAUUCAGGGCCUAAUUCACCUAACAAUGCCAAUAGCUAUGAUUGUAGCACCCUAAACCGACCGAUGGCGAGUCAAGGGAGCACCAGAUACGAGGACAGAACGAUUCAGAGAGCGAACAUGAAUUCGAAUAACGUCGGUCGACCCACUAUAUAUCAGCCUCAACCGAAACCCGGUGAGCCGCUCUACGCGCAAGUUAACUUGGAGAAGAAAAAGAAGCGGCAGUAUGAGCUGGGGGUGGGCCAGGCGCAGGGUCAGGGCCCGGUCGUCGGCUCGGCGGCCGGUGCUCCCACGGCUGGUCAGUGGGUGGCCGAUGGUGUUGGUGUUCCCGAUGGCUCGGCCGCUACCGCAACGGUAAACGUUCCACCGAAUUCGACUGCCGCCUCAGCUGGCGAUUCCUGGGUAUAACAGGGUGUCCAUGGUUCAGCCGCCGUCCAGGGGGCAGCCAUCCUUCCCCCGAGGCUGCUGUACGCAUAGAAGACGAUUUCACGACUCCCAGUUGCGGGAUUCAUUGAAAGAUGGACGAGGACUCUGUGUCUGAAACGUAAAAGAAGAAACAAGGGAAAUAGUAGAAAUUAAUCUUGCCGAUUUUUUGCUGAAUGAUGGAUAGAGAAGACUGGACAGGGCAUUGAGGACAAGGAUGGAUGAUAGGAUUCUUGGUUUUGUAUUUUCGGUUAGAUCGUUACUGCACUGAGAAUGAUACGCGUUGUUGGAAGAUACGAUGUAUAUUGGAGGGAACCGGAAGACUGAGGACAAGAAGGGUAUAGAGGUGUUAGUGGCUGAGACACGGAAGCCUCUUAAAUAAGCUUCCAUGGAAGUUUAGAUCACCGAGUAUCUGCUUAAGACGGUCUUACCAAGAAAUGAAUAUAUAACAAUUGAAAAAGAAAUAUAAAAAAGAAUUCGCACUCCGCACCCCACGUUAUCCAUGUAUACUAGACACGAAAAGCGACUUGUCCGACCACAUCCGCAGCAGUAGUCGCACUAAUGGCUCUAAACCUUCAUUGCACAAUUCUAAAUUAAUAUAUACACUAUAUAUAUAAAUAUAUAUAUAUAAAUAUUAUAUAUAUACAUGUAUAUGUAUAUUUUAAGGCGGUACCCUUGGAGAAAGGACCCGUAUUACAAAAGUACUACUAUGGUUAAGUAGUCGGUAUUACUACGAACGAUUGUAUUAAUAAUAUCAAUGUUAAUGAUAUUAAUAUUAUUAAUAUUAUUAAUAUUAUUAAUAAUAUCAGCGAGUAACGCGGUCGCGAGGCUGUCGCUAUAAAUAUAGGAGGGUAUAAAGAUGAAUGAAUAUAUAUAUAUAUAUAUAUAAAUAUAAAUAUAUCAUAUAGGUAUAUUAUACACGUUAACUGCUACACCGACACACACACACACACGUAUGUUACGGGGGCGUAUCGAUUAAGCUACGUUAUUGUAUUAUGUAAACUUCUGAGGCUGUGGGUGUGGCAUGUAACGAGGAUGCCGAAUAUUUGCGAGUUGCACUUUGUUUUUUUGUUCUCCGAGUUUUCCAAUCGGUUCGAUGGCGCGAAACAAAGAGUGCAUGGGAAAGAAAGAAAAAGAAUGCGAGCGAAUGUGUAAACUAGCAUGAUACUUUCGUUUGGGUGCCGAUAUGUCCACUCGCAAACGUAAAAGCGUAAGGAAGAAUAAGAAAAUGGGGAAAAGUGGAGGAACGAGCACCUUUGUCGAGAACCACGUUGCCAAUAGAUGAGAUCGAUUGGAUCCCAUCGUGCAAAAAAUCUGUUCUCGUUCUCGAGGAUGGCUGCUCGGUUGAAACGCGAAGAAAAGAAUAAAAAGCUAAGACGAAAGAGAUAGAAACGGAUUACUCGUUGGUCCUCUAGACACACGAUUAUCAAGGUUCUUCGGUGUUACGUUUCGUCAUAUUCUAAUGUAUUGCUGUCGUGUAAAUGGUUGAAGCGAAAAAAAGAUAAGAAAAGAUGUAGAAAUGCAACCGAAAUUAGACCGAGACCAAGCGAACGAGAAAGAAUCGACGAAAAGGGGGAUUAAAGAAAGAAAGGGUGCGAAUGAGCAGAGAGAGGAAAUAUGUGAUGUUCAAUGUUAUCGAAUGUUUGACAGAGAUGACACUAUUGAUAGCCGAUAUACAUAUUAUAUAUAUAUAGAUAUAUAUACAUAUAUAUUAUAUGUAUACAAAUAAAUAUAUCCUUGUUCUAUUUCUUAAAUAAUGUUAUUAUGACAGUUGAAAAAAAUCGAUUGUGUUCGCGAUUAUAGCUACUGAGAGAAAGUAUAACACCAACGCAGGGACAAAAGAAUUAUAAUUCUCCCUCGUCGAUUCAGAAUUAUAUAUACAUAUAUAUAUGUGUGUGUGUAUAUACAUGCUUCGUGCAGUAUGCACGUCACGAUCGACUAAAUAAAUAAAUAAAUAAAUAAAUAA